AUGGAUCAUCAUACUUCAGGCCAUCACAGUCAGUCCAGCCAUGCCUCCAGCUUCCACUGGCUGUCAUUUGCGUACCAGGGCCUGACAGAAAUCCCUUAUGAAACUAUCCUCACACAGACAGAGACUCUGGAGGUGCUGGACCUGAGCUACAAUCUGCUGGAUGAUCUUUAUUGGAACCCGGUUCUGCUCGGUCAGCUGGAGAAGCUCAGCACUCUGAUUCUGGACUGCAACAAGUACACAUCUCAUGUGAAGUUCCCCUACAUGCCCAGAGUGACCACAGUGUGCAUCAACAAGAACAAAAUCAACAAUUUGCCCGUGUUCGUGGAAGAAAUACGACGCAAGUUCCCCAACAUCAAGAUCCUCAGUAUGAUGAACAACGAGGCAGCACCAAGCUACUUCAAUGGAGGAAGCCUGACCCAGUUCAAAGACUACAGACAGUACGUCAUCAGUCAGAUCCCAGGUCUGGAGAUUCUGGAUGACACAGAGGUCCUGGAGAAGGAGAGAGCCCAGGCUCGGAAAACCUACAGGCUGCAGCAGAGCAGCCACGGCAACAGGAAGAGGAAGGAGGACUCCUCCAGGAAACACACACACAUGCAGAAAAAGUCUAAUAUGAUCAGAAGACAAUAG